AAAAAUGUUGCAAAGAAUUGUGGGUGAAAUGGAAAUUAUUACACCAAGCAAAAGCACCUGUGUUGUUCACCUUUGGCCACACAGACAGUGAUCUUAAGGAAGUCGUGUUUCUGUGUGUUUUGGGUGUGUAUUUAUUGUGAGUGGGUUUGCGUCUAGGCUAGGGUGAUAGUUUAGAUCGGCAUCAGAUGAUCAGGAUGACAUUCUCCUCCUGUGGUCUCAUCUUGUCCGUCUUGUGUUCCAGAGUUGCUGAUGGAAAUAAAACCCUCUUAAGUAUCAGUAAAGAGCGACAAGGAAGCAAUUCACCAACAACUAAAGACAAUGCUCAUGUAAAUUCUGACUCACACUUAGUGGUCCCAGUAAACAUCUGCGUCCCAACACCCAAGAUGACAAAUGCCUAAAUGACACUGAAGUUGUGAAAACUGUUGAAGAGGAAGAGAGUGACACCACAGAGAAAACUGGAGAGGAAACAGAAGACAUAAAAGGCAAGCAGGAGGUAGAAAAAGAUCCAUUGUGGACACUGAAGAUGUGAUGGUUGUAACAUGUAACAGUGAAGAAGGUACAGUUUCUCUUGUGGGUAUUGUUUCAGCUCUGUGACACAGACGGGCUUAUCAGAUCUGUGAUGUCAAUUCCUGUAUGCUCUGUUGCAGUUUGAUGCGGUUUGCGAAGCAAAGGCUACUGAAACUGAUAGUUUAAAUAAUAUUCCAAUUGUUUUACAAUAAUGAAACUAUGACUCGGCUGUGCAUAAAAUCUGUGUGUUGUGUGUUUAUGGUGUAUGUGACUGUGUCCGGGGGCGAAGGAAAGAGUAAGAGACCAGUGUUGUGGUUAACUCAGAGCGCCGCUGUAACAAAAUUAGUUGAGGGCGGGGGGCUCAGAGGAAAGCUGAGGAUGUUUCAUACAUGAAACAGUGUGUUGGAGGAGUAAAGCAAAGUUCACACAUUCAACCGACACACAGAAAUGAAGCGUUCCUCUAAACUCAUGUGUGGGCUUCUUAUGUCAUGGCUUUGUUUUAGAGCCACAGGUUUGGAUGAGAAGAUAUCUGUGAUUCAGAGUCCAGACAACAUUGCUGUGAAUGAGGGAGAAUCUGCUAAUAUAACCUGCUGCUGGACUACAAUGACAAAGGAAAUAUUUAAUGUUAAAGUUGGUUGGUUCAAGAAUGAAACUAGAGUUUCAGCAGAAAACCGUCUCUACCAAAAGUCUCCAUCACAGAAUUGUUCUACUCUACACAUCACGCACAUAACUCCUAAUGAUGCAGGAGAAUAUAUGUGUAAAGUGACCCAAGACAUCCCAAUCCUGCGUGAAUACAAUGGGAGUAAAACACAUUUAAUUAUCACUACAGAACAACAAAGAACAAAUGCAACAACAACUAAAGGCAAUGAUAGAUGCACCGUUCAACCAAAUCCCACCAAUAAGGCAACAAGCCCAAAGACAGCUCCACAUCUGAUCCUGUAUUUGUCUCUGGCUGCUGUCGUUGGCCUGCUGACCAUCUGCUUGGUCUUUACUGUGUGUAGAACGAGGAACUACUGUAAAAAUACAGAGCGAGUGGUCAUUCGCCAGACGCCUCACAAUGAAGGGGAGGAGCAUGAAAACCACGAGGAGGAGGAGCUUAGCUCAGGCUCAUCACGAGGGUCCCUCCAAUGGUAUCAAGUUCCUGUUUACUGGUCUUACUUCGAUGUACAGAGCGCUCAAGACCAAUGACAACCAUAAAAAGUGACUUGUAUAUUAUCUUUCUUUCUUUCUGUCUUUCUCUCUCUGGCGGUCAUGAGAGAAUCUUUGUAAAUAGUUGAAACUACAGAGCAAAAAUACAGUGGAAAUGUUUGAACUCAUUGAUUUAAUCUCACUGCAUGUAAAACUCAGAUGUUUUAUUAGUUCUUGUUUGCUUAAGUUUUUAUUCACUUUUUUUAUUAUCAGUCAAAACUUUAUGUUGACUGAAAAAUACAUUUCAAGCUGAAAUUGAAGUUACAAACACAAAUCUGCAAUGCAAAUGCGUGCAAAACACACACAGCUUAUGUUAUCUAUAUCAGUGUUGAAUAUUUAAUUUUUUGUACAUAUACAGUUAUGAGUUAUUUUUGAAUAUUUCUAAAACUUGUGUGAUUAACGCAUUUAUUUUGUGGUUGAUUUUGACAAGUCUGAAAAAGCAUGAGGCUGUUGUGACAGAGAUAAACACGUAGAGACGCUGCAGGUGGAAACUCUAGUCUGGUGGUCUUUAGAGGUCAAUGACAGGAAAUGGAAAUUGCAGCGCGGCUGGUUUCUUUCGACACCAUGCACUUCUUUGCAACACAAUGUACACGUGUGCUUCUGUUAAACAAACGAACAACGCAAUAAAGUUCAGUACAAAAGUAGAUCUCAAUCUAACAGAAUAAAUGUGUACAGACUAUAAGAGAUAACGCCCACCACAGAUGCAGGACCAUCUCAUUUCUCGCUAUUAAACCAUUUAAAACGUUGCGUUGUACGUAUAUGAUCUGUAUUAUGAGGUUGUUGUGUUUUGCAUU